AUAAAAAAUGAGGGCCUCCAUCGCUUUGAUUUUAUUAAUCGCUGCACGUGGAGCAGCGGCGCAUAUGGACAUAUCGGUUUUAACCAAGUUUAUUGUGAACUUGGUUGGGACUAAUGAAGCAAUUAUUUUUUCCUGUUCAGACAAGGAUUGACCAAGAGGAUAUAACUACAAAUGAACAAAUCGAGGCUAUACUUUCGAGGUCUACAAAAGAUUCCGGAGUGGCAGCCUUUAUAAAAUAUCACUAUGAACUUGUAGGACUUUUACGGGAUCGUUUUAAUUUUUCUGUUAAUUUCCGUAACUCAAGAGGAUGGGCUGGUCGACUAGGUAACACCACAUUUCGUCUUGGACUUUUAGGAGUUGUUAAACGAGACGAGGUGGACAUUGCAGCAUCUGGAUCGCUCAAUCGACUUAACCGUUUUGCGGAGUUUGAUACAAUACAUCAGAGCUGGAAAUUUGAGGCUGCAUUUAUUUAUAGGUUUACUCCAGAUUUAGAUACUCAUGGAAAAAGUGGUAAUUUCUUGGCUCCGUUUAGCAAAGCGGUUUGGUUUUUAAUUCUUGUUUCGCUAAUAGUGUUUAGCGUAAUUUGGGUGCUUUUUGAAAUUAUUAACAGCAAAUUGAAAAUGUUACGCGUUAACAAUUCAAAGUAG